AACCCGGGACCGAAUCAUGAUGACGGACCCCUCCUCUGCUGCUGGUCCUGUAGAGCCCGGUCCAGGUCCUGCUUCUGUUCCGGAUCCAGCAUCGACUCCUGCAAACGGACACCAAGCAGAUACUUUCAACAUGGAGCAGCAGAUGAAAAUAGGAGAGCCGGAGGACAACGGUCUUCUGGAGAGCAGUAUGCGUCUGAAACCCCACGAGGCUCAGAGUUACAGAAAAAAGGCAUUAUGGGUAUCGUGGGUCUCCAUUGUGGUGACAAUGAUCUUAGCCAUCGCUGCGUUCACUGUGUCUAUAAUGCGGCAUAGUGCAUCAGCGUUUGGGUUUGCUUUUGAUGCCAUUCUGGAUGUCCUGUCCUCCAUAAUCGUGAUUUGGCGAUACAGUAAUGCGGCGGCCGUCCAUUCAGCUCACAGAGAAUACAUAGCGUGUGCUAUCCUCGGAGUCGUGUUUAUCUUGUCGGCCAUCACUAUCCUGGUGAAAGCCAUCCAUGAUCUCGCCACAAAACUGCAACCAGAAGUGGAUGACUUCCUGUACAGCGUCUCAGUUAUCAGUGGGGUGGUGUGCGCUCUCCUGUCCGUCUGUAAGUUCAUGCUGGGGAAAGUCCUCACCAGCAGGGUUCUCAUCACCGACGGUUUUAACUCUCUAGUUGGCGCCGUCAUGGGAUUCUCGAUCCUGAUCAGCGCCGAGGUGUUCAAACACGAACCUAGCGUCUGGUACCUGGACGGGACUAUCGGGGUUCUGAUCGGACUGAUCAUUCUCGCCUACGGAGUCAAGUUGUUGAAGGACAUGGUGCCCCGUGUCAGGCAGACGAGACAUUACGAGCGCUUCGAGUAGCGAUUCUGAUUCUGGACGACCCAACACACACAGACACACUCCUGUGGAGAUUCUCCUGAGAGGAAAACACACACACACACACACUUUACCUGCCUCAGGGCAAACACAGCCACUAAUUCCCCCUGUAAAUAUGGAUCUGAAAGGGAAUAACUCAAAAUUAAAUGUAUAAAAUGUGUAUUAUCAUAUCGUUUGAAAUGGCAAAUAGCCAUGGGGCUGAAACAAGACAGAUCUCAGAAUGUAUAUCAUCUGAUAUAGAAAACCCAGCUUCAUUGCAUUGAGUUAUAUGUGUGUGUAUAUAC